UGUGGGACCUGUGGGAGUUGUAGUCCUGGGUGCUGUGGGAGACGCGCUCUGGGAGCGGGGUCCCCGCGGGGGCGCCGCGGGGUCCCCGAGGAGGGCCGGGACAGCCCCUCCCCUGUCCGUGGCCCGGCCUAAUCCCCUCAGCGGGGCGGGCACGGUCCGGCAGCCAAAUCCCGGUCAGCUGAGGAGCUCAGGCGGGCUCGGGGAGGUAGCGAACAGAGCCGAGCCGAGGCGAGCCGAGCCGAGCUGAGCUGAGCUGAGCUGCGGGCGGCAGGAGGGAGGGAUGGCGCCCAGGCACACGUUUAUUAAAUUUUGCAAAGGAACUCUAACUCAGCCCAUGCUCAGAAUGGAGCACCAGCCCCUGCUCAGAGGGUCUAGCUCGCCCUGCAAGCUCCCCAGCUGGACGUUGUUCCUGGCUGUUUGUGCUGUUGGAAUUGGAGGCACCUUUCAGUAUGGGUAUAAUGUCUCUAUUAUCAAUGCACCCACACAGCAUAUACACAAGUUCUUAAACGAGACCUGGAGUAGUCGUUAUCACAAGGAGCUAAAUGCAGAUUUGCUGACUUUUCUUUGGUCUGUCAUUGCUUCUAUCUUUUCCCUUGGAGGCCUGUGUGGAGCCCUGAUUGGAGGCAGCAUGGCCAUACGCCUGGGCAGGAAAGGAGCUCUUUUGAUGAAUAACAUUAUAGCAAUACUAGCCUCCAUUUUAAUGGGGAUCAGUUUUCCUACAGGAUUGUUUGAGUUACUGAUUGCUGGAAGGUUUUUGAUUGGCAUAAAUUCAGGUAUUGGGCUCUGUGUGCAGCCUCUUUAUAUUGGGGAGUUUGCCCCAAAACACUUAAGAGGUGGCUUGGCCAUGGGGACUUCCAUCUUUCUCACUGGGGGAAUUCUGACAGGACAAAUAAUUGGUUUGAGAGAAUUAUUGGGUGGAGAAAAGCAUUGGCCUCUGUUGCUAUCCAGCAGCUGUAUUCCAGCAUUAGCCCAACUGUUAUUCCUUCCAUGGUUUCCUGAAAGUCCCAGAUAUCUUCUUAUUGACAGAGGUGAUGAGCUGAGCUGUGCCAAAGCUUUGAAACGAUUUCAUGGUUCCUCAGAGUACCGAAGGGAGAUGGAAGACAUCCAGCGGGAAUGUUUUGCCUUAGAUGGGGAGAAACCCAAGAAGCCCUGGCAGUUAUUCAGUGACCGUGCUGUGAGAUGGCAGCUCAUCACUGUCAUCGUGAUGACAAUGGGCCAACAGCUCAGUGGCAUUAAUGCUAUUUAUUUCUAUGCAACUUAUGUUUUUGAACAAGCUGGGAUCAUGGCAGAAAAAAUCCCGUACGUGACACUCGGCACUGGAGUUUGUGAAUGUCUCACAGCCCUCUCCUGUGGUUUGCUGAUAGACCAUGUGGGAAGAAGAUGCCUUAUCAUUGGGGGUUAUCUCCUCAUGACGCUCUGGUGCACUGUUCUGACCUUCUCUCUGACUUACCAGGAGCUGUACUCCUGGGUGCCUUACCUGAGCAUGACGUGUGUAUUUGCCUUCAUCUUGAGCUUUGGGCUGGGCCCAGGUGGCAUAACAAACACCCUGACAGCUGAGUUAUUUGUACAGUCCUCACGUCCUGCUGCCUACAUGAUCGCAGGGACUGUGAGCUGGGUUAGUUUCUUCACAGUUGGAAUGCUCUUUCCCUUCAUAGUGAAUGGACUGAAGCAGUAUUGUUUUGUGGUGUUCUUACUGGAGUGCUUCGUUGUUGCUGCUUUCAUCUUCCUCGUAAUUCCCGAGACAAAAAACAAAUCUUUUCUGGAAAUCAAAAAGGAAUUUCACAAGCUUAAUUUUGGAAGAAAUGCCAGGAAAAAGGAAAUGGAGCGUUAUGAAAGAAGGCAACUUCAAGAUGAAUUUUUAAAGAUUUCUGCAUAAUUUCACAAAUGCAACAGAACUUCAGUGAGAAUUAUGAACCUAGUUUUCUAAAUUAGGAGUGUGAUACAUGAUCAAGUAGCUUAUUAAAUCUUCCUGUGUAUUUAGAGGAAGUGUAGCUAAAGGCAAGUUAGUACUGCUGAAAUGCUGUUAAAACCUGCCUUGCUGAAACAGGUGCUGUAGGGAUGCAGAAAUGCCAGGGAGGAUGCUCAGUGAGCCCCUCUGGCAGAUAAUUCAGUGACUCUGAUUUCUGCAGAUAAUUCAGUGACUCUUGCAUUUUUAAGCCCUGUCUUCAGUUUGGGUCACGGAGUGUAUCCAAAUGCUUUGCUGAAUGUAACAUUCUGAGUUCUUGUUAAAACCCACACAAGAACUGAGAACUGAUAUUUGAAAUAUUCCAGUUUAUGAAGAAAUAGGGGUAUUUAGUUUCUGUUUUUCCAGUUAUGUAACUUUGAAAGCCUUAAAGACAUUCCUCAUCCAUUUCUACUACUGUACUGUACAAUAAAAGUACAGCACCUCUCUGAAUUACUGGUAUUUAUAAUAAAAACUUGUAUCCUUAUAAAAGAG